AUGGUAAAAAUCUACAAGCCAGGAAAGGUUGCGGUUGUCCUCUCCGGCCGUCACGCCGGAAAGAAGGUGGUCGUCAUCAAGCAAUCUGACGAAGGAACCAAGGAGCGACCCUACCCUCAUGCCGUCGUUGCCGGUAUUGAACGUUAUCCCCGGAAGGUAACUCGAGGAAUGGGCCCCAAGAAGAUCGCCAAACGAAGUAAAGUUAAACCCUUCAUUCGGAUCAUUAACUACAAUCACAUGAUGCCCACCCGAUACGCCCUUGAACUAGAAGGCCUCAAAGGCCUGAUCUCUUAUGAAACAUUCAAGGAACCCUCUCAACGGGAAGAAACCAAGAAGGUUGUCAAAAAACAGUUCGAGGAGAAGUACCAAACCGGAAAAAACAAAUGGUUUUUCACCGCUCUGAGAUUCUAA